CUCUCUCUCUCUCACACACACACCAGCCUACCUUACCUUUCCGUCCCCAGCCUGGCAUCAUACCCUGACCUCCCAUCUACCUUCACUUUUUUCUCUCUCUGACCGGCGUAGCCUGCUAGCUAGCUAGACCACCUUAGUAGUCCCUCCCCCUGCUCGGUACCGUGGGCUGUUGGAGGCACAAGCUCUGCCUUCAAAGGGUUAAGUAUAUAAAUCAACUUUAAUUUCCCCUGGAGCCCGAUCCCGCCCAAUUUUUGCUCUUAUGGCACGAGACAUGCCACUCUCUGGCCUGCACCAGAGCUCCCAGCUACUAUUACUACCACCGCCUGAGCAACCUACGUCCAUCCUGGCCCAUCCCGGCCUCGACUUCUUUCACUUUCCACGUUGAACACCUUUGCUCCUUGUGUCCGUUCCAUUGCGGUCAGCUCCUUGAGCCAAAAUAUACAAUCCCCAUCUUUUACCCUCUCACUAGGGUCUUUCGUCACUCAGUGGUGCGUGCCUCAGUCAUAUCUGACGCCGCGUCCUUCCGCUUCAUCCUCCUUCCCGCCUCCUGUCUGGUCUACAACAAGCAACCUUUGUCACCCAGAACUCUCAAACCCCGAACCAGCCAGACGACGAGUUUUCUCCCUCUUCUGUCCUAUCUCCUUCGCCCGGCCGACACGACACUUGCCUGCCUUGCCCCGACUUCGCUCUCUGUAAGCCAUUGAGUGACUCGGUACGGUCAAGGUUUGCCCUUUGGCCGGAAACGUGCGACUGCUGGCCCGACACAGGCUGGUCCCACUCGUUUCUCCAUCGUGGUAGUGAAUCCAUCCGAGCGUUCCCUCAGCUGGUCUCUCUUUCACUCUUUUGCUCUCUGCUGCUGCUGCCGCCGCACCUACGAUCGCACCGCCUUGGGUUCUGCCCUGGUCGGAUCUCGCAGAGAAGUCUGGUAGCUGCUACUGGUCCUCAAAUCCGAGCCUUGUUCGAAGCUGCAACACGCGCCAACAAUCUGCGCUUCACUGAGGGUUCUCUCGCUGUCGUGUGAUUCGGCAUCGCACCCUUUCCCAUUUCUAACAGCUCAUACCACUCAAAAAAAAGCGCGAACAUGUCGUUGAAAAACCUUUGAACCCGCAUCGAACCCCGACACCCACCGCCGCCCGGACAGAUUUGGACUUGCAAAUCAUCUUGCGAGGGAAAAAAGUUGCCGGACCUACCGCCACCGCACAUCAGAGCAGCCCCCACCCAUAACCGACCCCAAACACAUUCCACAACAAACCCCGCGACAGACGAGCUGUCCGAGAUGGCUUCCUCUCAUAAGGAGCGGACGAUGGAGUCACGCACGGGAAGAAGCAAGCAGCGUUACAACUCCAAAGGCGAGCGCUUGGUUGCUGGUGUUGUCCCUCUAACCAAGGACAAGCGCUACGUCCUCCUCAUCCAGUCCACCCGUCGGAAGGGCUGGGUACUGCCCAAGGGCGGCUGGGAGACAGACGAGGAGUGCACCGAAGCGGCGGCGCGUGAAGCCUGGGAAGAAGCAGGCAUCACUAUCGAGAUCGACUAUGAUUUGGGAGACAUCGUCGAGACGAGAGCACCGAAGCACUCUAGCAAAGACUCGGCCAAGGCCCUGUAUAGGUUCUACGAGGCUACCGUCACAGCGCAAGAGGAAGCUUGGCCCGAAAGCCACAAGAGGGAACGCCAGUGGAUGACAUACGCCCAGGCCAAAGAUGCGUUGGCAGCUCGACCUGAGCUCCUUGAGGCAUUGACAAGAUGCACUAUGAAGAAGUCAUGAUACGCACCCGGCGCAUAGACGCUCGAGGUUCCUUGGCUUUUGUUUGCUCCUGGUUCCUAGCGCAAACAGACAUCUUCACGGUGCAAUAUGCUACCAAGGUCACUACUGUCGUCAAACGAAGAGGCGCCCCUGCAAUGAUGUAUCGAUCACGAAGAAGCUGAAAAUGCCAAAGGGUUCCUGACUCCCGAUAGAGGAAAUCAUGGCCCCGAAGAGCACACCUGGUAAUUCGUCGGCACCAUUCGGUUUACAGACGAAACAAUUCUCGCACUAACCCGCCGAGGAAAAGAAAAACAAGAAAAGAAAAAUAAUUGCAUUAUGAUAUGGGCGUUGAUGGUUUGCUUGCUAUAGAUGACGAAAAUCAAAAGGGGCGGCCCAGGACUGGCAUGGGAAGCAUCAAAGAGCAGAACUGCAAUUGAGAUAUGGCGAAGCGGGAGGAUUUUCAUGGCAGUCAUGGUUACUCAUGACUAAAGCCAAUGCUCUUUGGAACUGUUGGGGACACUUCGCGAGAUCAAAUGGUUCUUUGAUCAUAGAUAGACUAACGCAAUAGUCCGCAGAGAGCAGUAUCGUGAGAAAGAGACA